AUGGAGACAAUUUUUCGGUGGUCUGGAGAACCCCCCAAGUAUGAUAAAGAAGAGCUGUGUACUCUUGAACUCCACCACCACUUUGGUAUGUUGGAGAAUGACGUGUAUAAGGGAGGCAAAAAAAUUGGGAUAGAUCUUGGAUACAAAGUUGAUAUAACACAAAGGGUUACAAGCUUAAAAGUUUACUAUAAGGGGCUUGCAAAAAGUAGUCAGCAUGUUGUGAAUGAGGUAUUGGUGUUGUAUUACUAUGAUCCUACUCAUAACAACAAGCUAGAGAGUGAAGAUAAAGGGCAACAACAACACAGUGAAGAUGAUGAGGAGGAAGAGGAGGAAGAGAAGGAAAAGGAGGAAAAGGAGGAAAAAGAGUAUGUUAUUGUUGACAGUGAUUAUGAAAUAAGUGAAGAAGAAGAAAAUGGUAAUAAAGAGGCUGCAUCAAGUGGUCAGCAUAGAAAGGAUGCACCAAAUGAUGAAUAUGCACAAUGUUUUGAAGAGAUGAAUGAAAUGCCUCUUAAUGAAGCUACAGGGGAGAUAUCAGAUGAUGAUGAAGAUAGUGAUCAACUUCCUUCUGAUGUUGAUAACUCUGGUGAUGAGGAAGAAGGUCAAAAAAAGACAAGCAAGAGGAAAUGGAAGAGGACAAAUUUUAAACAGUUUAGGAAAGAAACUGAUUUGAGAAAUCCAGAGUUUAGAAUUGGAAUGCAAUUUGCCAAUAAGGAUGAACUCAAGGAAGCUAUUAAGGAGUAUGCAAUUAUGCAAGGGAGGAAUAUUAAAUUGGUGAAGAAUGAUAAUAGAAGGAUUCAAGCAAAGUGGCUGUCCAAAAGGUUUGCUGACAAGAUUAGGAAAAAUCCUGAGUGGGAUGUAGAGGCAUUCAAGGCUGAGGUUUUAGAACAGUACCAUAUGAAUGUUUCAAAGCAUCAGAUUUAUAGAGCAAAGAACUUGUCCAAGGUGAUCAUUGAAGGCAGCUAUGCGGAGCAAUAUGCGAGGCUAUGA